UCGCUGCGCAAUUUCUAGAGCUGCAGCACCCAGCGGAAACCACAACCUCAAAGUCCGCCCAUGACUUCAUCGGGUGAUUCUGUCGCCCAGAUACGGCCCGUUUCCUAGCCAAGAACCCCCGCGAGGUCUCCGCCUGGAGCCCCGGCUGGCCUAUCAGGACCCAACCCAACAGAAGCAGCCCACCCGGCUGCCCCUCAGACGUCCGUCGAAGAAUUUCUUGGCACUGAACGUCGAGCCGCCAAAACGUCGUCCCCAAAGUCACAAGGCGCCUUUUGGCGCGCCUUUAACAGGAGACCACCAGCUGCUACCAAACAUAAAUCUAAUUCGCGCAGGUCCAGGUCGUCAUCAUUGUCUGCUUCGUCUGGUCUGCUCCAUCUGUGCUCCGUGGUCUUUCUAGUGCUGGUCUUUGUAAGUCGGUCCCAUAUAGGCUCAAAGAGAGCUCUUUUAUGUCACGCAGCACCUACCCCGCCGUGUCCGCCCCCAGUGCCCCGCAUCAGCAUCCAUCAUCACUCUCCAUCAUACCCCCCAGCUUCCAUGUGCCAACAGCCCCUACAGCCCCCUUCGAUUCCUCCAACGCGCACCACCUAUUCUUAUACCUAACCCCAACCUCCAACUAACCAUUGGCGCAGGCCCUCCAGUUCUUUCUCCGUGACGCAAAGCUAUUUUAUUCUGAUAUCUUCAACAACGCCCACCCCCUCUUCAGAACUGCGCACUCGCCCCCCGCCGGGAACCACCACCAAACCCUUCCAACGUGCGGCAACCCCAUCUCCGUCCCCUUUCCAACUCAAGCUCCAGUUUCAAGUCCUCUCAAGAUGACCCUCGAAGCCCAAAGCGCGGCCAUUGCCGCCCAAUUCGACUACACAGAUGAUCAGGUGAAUAACGCAGUCAAUGAGUUCCGUCGCCAAAUGACGGAGGGUCUGGAGAAGGACGGAACCAGUCUGAGUCAAAUUCCCACAUACGUGACGGGCGUGCCCAAUGGCACUGAGAAGGGUUUGUACAUGGCUGUCGACCUUGGCGGAACCAACUUUCGUGUUUGCUCCAUCCAGCUCAACGGCGACACCACAUUCAACCUGACCUUCACCAAGGUCGCCAUCCCCAGAAAGCUCAUGGUUGCCAAGACGGCGCAAGAGUUGUUCGCUUUCCUCGCCAAGCAGAUCGAACUGUUCCUCCAGAAGCACCACGAGGACCACUUCGAGCAGCAUGUUCGCCGACGGAUGACCAUGAGCUCCCCAGACGGCUACAAGGACGAGCACGUUUUCCGGUUGGGCUUCACUUUCAGCUUCCCAGUACAGCAAGUAGGAAUCAACAAGGGCACUCUCAUAAGAUGGACGAAGGGCUUUGACAUUCCUGAUGCUGUUGGCAAGGACGUGUGCGCGCUCCUCCAGGACGAGAUCGACAAGCUCCACCUCCCCGUCAAGGUGGCUGCUCUUGUCAACGACACAGUCGGUACCCUCAUGGCCCGCUCUUACUCUUCUCCAGGCAAGACCGGCACCGUGCUGGGUGCCAUCUUCGGCACCGGCACCAACGGCGCGUACGUUGAGAAGCUUUCCAACCUGAAGAAGCCCCUCUCCGGCGAGUAUGACAAGACCACCGGAGAAAUGGUUAUCAACACCGAGUGGGGCUCGUUCGACAACCAGCUCAGUGUUCUUCCCAACACCGCGUGGGACGUUGCCCUUGAUAAGGCGAGCCCCAACCCCGGUAUCCAGAUGUACGAGAAGCGUGUGUCGGGCAUGUUCUUGGGUGAGAUUCUGCGUCUGGUUAUUAUCGAUCUCCUGAAGGACCCCAAGGUCUCUUUCUUCAAGGACGAGAACUCUAGCUCCAACGACUGGAAGUCAACCACCAAUAUUGCCUCGGACUCGAGCAUCUACACCCAGUGGGGUCUCGACACGGCCAUCAUGUCGGUCGCCGCGGCUGACAACACCCCCGAGCUCUCGACGCUCCGCGGCGAGCUCGAAAAGCAGUUGGGCAUCUACUCUGCUGGCCUGGAUGAUGCCCAGGCUUUCAAGGCUAUUGCCAACGCCAUUGGCCGCCGCUCCGCGCGCCUUUCCGCUGUCGCCAUUGCCGCCAUUGUCCUGCAGACAGGCAAGCUCACGCAUCCCGCCAACGCCGACGAGCCCAUCGACAUCGGUGUUGACGGCAGCUUGGUCGAGCAUUACCCCUACUUCAGGGAUAUGAUCUACGAGGCUCUGCGCGCUAUUGACGGCAUUGGUGAGGAGGGCGCCAAACGCAUCCGCAUUGGCAUCGCGAAGGAUGGGUCCGGUGUCGGUGCUGCCUUGAUCGCCCUUGUCGCUGCCGGGAUGGAGAAGAGGUUGACCACGGCCGAUUACCUCGGCGAGCUGCGCUCCAACGCCAAAAGUAAUAACCUUACUGUUGUGCCAGAGGAUGACGCUGCUCAGGACUAGAGGUCGAAAAAGCAGUCAGGCUUCUCACAAACCACGAGCUCGCCCGAGAAACGCUCGAAACGGUCAAGUCGAUCGGGUUGGCGGUCGGGCUCAGUAUCUCGCUCCUCGAAAAAGGAGGGAGAGCAAUGCUGUAUUGUCAUGUAAGAGUGAUAUGGCGCAGGUUAGGAUACCACGGCCAGGAGGGACAGGGCCAUUGCUAGUUGGGGGAUUGGGGUCAUUCGAACGGGCUGGCUGGGCUGGCGUCUGUCAACACGACACACAAAAGGGAUGAUGACGAACGAAUAUAUGAACAUUCGAAGCUGCAACAACGUUGUUUCCUGCUAGCCCAAAGUGUAUAGUUGUGUCUGGGGUUUCAUGUAACUUUUUUUCUCUUCUUGUUCUUCUUCUCAGGCCUUUGAAAAUGGGUUUGGUUGAGGGUUUGACACGUUACAAACAAUGGUAGUAUGGUUAGUAUGGAUGGUAGGGUGGGAAAGGGAAGGGAUGGGUUUGGUUUGACAACAAGCACACACAACACACAUACAUACGCACGCCCCUCGAAAAGUAAGGCUUUCUUGUUUUUCUCUUUUUUGUUUUUGUUAAAUAGUAGUUUUUUUAUCGUGGCUUGCUUUGCUUGGGGGGACUAUCGAAGUUCGUUAGCGUCGUCAUUGUGAGGAACCUGGUGACGAAUCCAAAGUUCCUCUAUUCAUAAUUGAUUAUUGACCGAAGCUAUGCGGUGUCUUUCCAGUUUUUCCUUUGGAAUCCACUUGUGAAACGAGAAAAAUACGGCCC